GUGCGGUCUUUUUAGUUUCAACGGUUGAGAUUUAAUCCAUCACGUUGUUCCCAUUCCACACUGAGCUGUUCUAAAACCUGUAUAUAGAUAGAUAGAUACAGAGAUAUAGAGAGAGGAGAGAGGGUUUAUAGCUGUGGUCAAUUUCAGUGCGUUUCCAAACGAACGAUACGAUUAAGGUUUAGAUCAGAGAGGUUUAGAGGCCUAGAGAGAGAUGUCAGAUCACGAGGAGUCUAAGAUUGAAUCGGUGAUGGAGAAAAUAACCGAGAAGUUUCACGGCGAUUCGUCGUCGUCAGAUUCCGACGACGACAAGUCCUCCUCGACGUUGCAGGCGAAGAUCUUUCGUCUCUUCGGAAGAGAGAAGCCAGUUCACAAAGUCUUCGGCGGUGGAAAGCCGGCUGACGUGUUUCUAUGGAGGAACAAGAAAAUAUCCGCUGGAAUCUUAGGUGGAGUCACAGCCAUCUGGGUUCUGUUUGAUUUACUUGAAUAUCAUUUGCUUACUCUAGUCUGCCAUUGUUUGAUACUUGCUCUGGCUGUCUUGUUCUUGUGGUCCAAUGCGACCACCUUCAUUAACAAGUCUCCACCGCGUAUCCCUGAAGUUAGUAUUCCAGAGGAACCAAUUCUGGAGUUUGCAGCUGCCUUGAGGAUCGAAAUAAAUCGGGCAUUUGCCAUUCUGAGGGAUAUUGCAUCAGGGAAAGAUCUGAAGAAGUUUCUCUCUGUGAUUGCUGGAUUGUGGGUCUUGUCAAUUGUGGGGAAUUGUUGCAACUUCUUGACCUUGUUUUAUAUAGCUUUCGUUUUGCUCCACACGGUGCCUGUGCUGUACGAGAAAUAUGAGGACCAAGUGGAUUCAUUUGCAGAGAAGGCAAUGGUUGAGAUCAAGAAGCAGUACGCAGUCUUUGAUGCAAAGGUUUUGAGUAAGAUCCCAAGGGGACCAUUGAAAAACAAGAAACAUUAAGAGUGGCAGAGGAAUAGCCAUUGUUGGUGGAUGUGUUUUCUGAAGGUAGUGUGAGUUGACCAUUGUUGUCUGGAACCCUUUACUGUUUUCUUUUCGUUUUUUUGGGUUCACAAUAUGGAUGAAUUAUGAAAUGGAUUCUGAAUAUGGGAACUUUAUCUACAUUUUUAGCUUAUGCUGUAAUUGUGGUGGGGGCAUUUCAAUGGUUAUUUAAUUUGAAUGUUCUGUUGA